AUGGGCGUCUCAAAGAUAUCUUUUAUCCUACUGUUAGUCGCAUGUAGCGUUCAGGGCAAUGCUGAAGCUCUCGCCUCUAAGACUGGAGGGCAAGAGCCCGAGACCCGAGUGGUGGGUGGCAAAGACGCACCCGAAGGCCUUGUGCCACACCAAGUCGCAUUAAAAACAAAAAACAACUGGACUUUCUGCGGUGCUGCUGUCAUCUCCGACAGAUGGAUACUGACUGCUGCCCAUUGUGUGGAAGGUCGCCAACCAUCAGAGUUUACCGUUGUAGUUGGUACAUUAUCGAGAACGAAAGGUGGUACAACGUAUGAAAUAAGCAAAGUCAUUACUCACAAAGAAUAUAAAAAGCCAGAUAGGUUCAAAAACGAUAUUGCUGUUAUAAGUACGAAAAAGGCCAUCGAAUUCAAUAAAAACGUUCAGCCCCUGCCACUACCAAAAAAGGAUAUCACGGCUGGAUUGUCGUGUAUUCUGAGCGGCUGGGGUAAACUUGGCCGUAACCGAUCAUCGCCUGACAAAUUGCAGUAUCUGUAUGUAAAAACUUUAACCGGCGACGAGUGUAAUAAGUACUUCAAAGGACGCUCCCCAGUCACUAUAAAUUCCAGCCAGAUGUGUACCCUUAACAAAGGUGGAGAAGGAACAUGCCAAGGUGAUUCAGGCGGCAGUUUAGUGUGCAAUGGCACCUCAGCCGGUAUCGUGUCCUUCAACUGGCCCUGCGCUAAUAAUUUCCCUGACGCGUACGCCAACACGUACUAUUACAACUCCUGGAUAGAAGAAAAUACUAAAUCACCCUAA